AGGUAACUUAAGUAUAAGACUAUCUUAAGAACCUUAAUUAAGCUAGCUAGCUACUUAGGAAUCGACAUGGCAGGGAGAGAGGAGGAUGUCAAAAUAGGAGCAAAUAAAUUCUCAGAGAAGCAGACGAUAGGGACGAGAGCACAGAGCUUUAGAGACUACGUAGAGCCACCCCCGGCUCCACUCUUCGAACAAGGGGAGCUAAUUUCUUGGUCCUUUUACAGGGCGGGGAUCGCAGAGUUUGUGGCGUCCUUCCUGUUCCUCUACAUCACGGUGCUUACGAUCAUCGGGGUGAAGCGCUCCCCCGGCGCGUGCGCUAGCGUAGGAUUGCAAGGCAUCGCAUGGGCCGUCGGGGGCAUGAUCUUUGUCCUCGUCUACUGUACUGCAGGCAUAUCAGGGGGGCACAUAAACCCUGCGGUGACGUUUGGGUUGCUGCUGGGCCGUAAAUUAUCGGUCCCAAGGGCGGUGUUUUACAUGUUGAUGCAGUGCUUGGGUGCCAUUUGCGGUGUUGGAAUGGUCAAGGGGCUGCAGUCGGCGGAGUUUGAGAUGCUGGGGGGCGGUGUCAACAUGGUGAACCCCGGAUACAGCAAAAGCGCUGGCCUUGGGGCCGAGAUCAUCGGCACUUUUGUCCUCGUUUAUACCGUCUUCUCCGCAACUGAUGCCAAGAGGAGCGCCCGAGACUCUCACGUCCCCGUAAGCAUCCCUCACUUGCCUAGCUCCUUAAUUAGUUCUGUUUCAGCUACACAAUUUGGCAACUGAAAUCUAAAGAAAAAGACCAUAUAAUUAAAAUCAGCUUAAGAUAGAUAACACUGAAGGCCAUCAACAGAACAGAUUUAAUUAGGUAAAUAUAAGAAGUUAGUUACGAACUAGUUAUAGCCUCUCCUCUUCAGCUAGUUCAUACUUUCAGCCCCCGGACGUGUUAGUCAUGUCAGUCGUGUUAAGGAGUGAUAUGUUGAAAAAAUUUCUCUCUUAUGAGCUUACACGUAUAGUAGCCGUUAAAAUUUUACAGUUAAUUAGCCAGCAAUUGAAAGGGAAAUUUUGUCAUUAGCGUAUAUGCUGGCAUGGUGUACGUUAGCUUAAAGCCUGCAGAUCUGCACGCUGCCAAGGUCCAGUAACUUUUCAACCGCCAAGCGGACCUGGGAUUUGACUUAAUUAGUAGCCCAUGGUCCGAGGCUAGCGCUACGUACCA